AUGAAGUAUAUUCUAGUAACAGGAGGAGUCAUCUCUGGAAUUGGCAAGGGAGUUAUUGCCUCAUCAGCUGGAUUGCUUCUUCGUGCAAGGGGAAUGAGAGUGACGAGCAUCAAGAUAGAUCCAUACUUGAACAUUGAUGCCGGCACUCUGUCUCCGCUAGACCAUGGUGAAGUCUUUGUAUUGGACGAUGGUGGUGAAGUUGACUUGGAUUUAGGAAACUAUGAACGUUUCUUGGAUGUAACUCUAUCAAGAGACAACAAUAUCACUACUGGAAAGAUAUACAGGAAUGUUAUUGAAGACGAGCGAAAAGGAGCCUACUUGGGCAAAACAGUACAAGUAGUACCUCACAUCACUGACGCUGUGCAAAACUGGAUUGAACGAGUCGCUAUAAUACCUGUGGAUGAGUCUGGUCAACCUGCUGAUAUGGGUGGUACUGUAGGUGACAUUGAAUCCGCACCAUUCAUCGAAGCCAUGAGACAAUUCCAAUUUAGAGUCGGUCCAGACAAUUUCUUUCUAAUUCAUGUGUCUCUUGUACCCAUGGUUGGUGCUGUGGGUGAACAAAAAACCAAGCCCACUCAGGCCAGCGUGCGAGAUCUACGUGGAUUGGGAUUAUCCCCUGAUGUGAUUGCCUGCAGAAGUACGAAAAGAUUAGAACCCAGUGUAUCAGCUAAGAUUGCAAUGUUCUGUCAUGUUCCUCCCGAGCAGGUCCUUGCGGUCCAUGACUGUCCAUCCGUAUACCACGUCCCACUCUUGUUACAUAAGCAAGGUCUUGUUUCUGUAAUGGAAAAGAAACUCAAGCUAACACCACGACAAGAACCAAAAACCAUCAACUUGCUCUCUAAAUGGACUACAUUGGCCGAAAGAUUCGACCGACUUCACGACUCUGUUGAGAUUGCCAUUGUAGGCAAAUAUACCGAUUUGCAUGAUUCUUAUCUAUCCGUGGUCAAGGCAUUGGAACAUGCUGCCUUGUCUUGCAAGAGGAAAGUAGAAAUAUCGUGGAUUGAAUCCAAAUAUCUCGAACCAAAAACACAGACAACGGACCCUAAAAACUAUUACGAUGCUUGGUCAAGAUUGUGUGGUGCAAAGGGUGUAUUAGUACCAGGUGGUUUUGGAGAUCGUGGAUGGGAAGGAAUGAUAUUGGCAGCUCAAUGGGCUCGUGAAAACAAGCGGCCAUAUCUUGGCAUUUGUCUUGGUUUACAAACUGCUGUUGUAGAAUUUGCUAGGAAUGUUUGUGGAUUUGCAGAUGCCAACUCUACUGAAAUGAACGAAAUGACAACGAAUCCGUUGAUUAUUUUCAUGCCUGAAGGAUCUCGAACUCAUAUGGGCGGUACGAUGCGAUUGGGCAGUCGACCAACAAUCUUUACCCCUGAGAGUCAAAACACUAUUAUACGCCGCUUACAUCACAACCAAGAAAUUAUUCACGAACGUCAUCGUCACCGAUUCGAAGUCAAUCCCAAUUAUAUUGACCGAAUUGAAGCUAAAGGAUUGCACUUUGUUGCUAAAGAUGAGAGGGGUGAACGGAUGAUUAUUAUUGAGCUUGAAGAUCAUCCCUUCUUCGUCGCAACACAGUACCAUCCCGAAUACAAGACCAGGCCGCUGGCACCAGUCCCAACCUUCCUCGGUUUCGUGCUAGCUUCAUGCGGAUUACUAGAAGACUACCUAGCAUCCUUAUCAAUCGAAGGAGGACUAGAUGAAAGUAUCAAAGUGCAUCCACAAUUAGGCCGAUAUGCUUCUUCAGAUUCGUUAAAGAAUGCUGAUUUGGCUUCCCUCAAGCAAUCACCAAAACAACAACCCAGUAAUAACAGUGUUUUGAAUGGUGCAAGUAAUAGUAGUGCAGCAAAUGCUAAUAGUCGUAGUGUUGCUAGUACUACAAGUGUGCUUGCAGGUAUGGUUGGAGUUGUUGAAGAUGAGGAAGACGAGAGUAGUGAUGAUGUGUGUUCGGAUGCUAGUAGUGGUAAACCACCAACUGCUGCAUCACCUGUGGUGAUGAAUGGUAAAAAGGGAGGAGUAUCGUUAAGUGGUUUGGAAAAGCAAGGAGCUAUUCUUGAGCGUCUUGGGAAUAAGGUUUCGUUGUAUUGA